AUGGGGGAGCCAACAUCAUUUGGUGAGAUGUUUGAACUCCUCUCACAGCAAAACAAAAAACAAACUGCCUCACUCACAGACCAAAUUAAAGGUAGCGAACAGAAUCUUAGGAACCAAAUAAGGAAAUCAAGCCAACAGUUGGCAAACGUACAAGAGAGAAACAUUAUUCUGGAAAGGAAAAUUCGACGGAACAACAUACUUUUGUUUGGUCUCAAAGUCGAAAACAAUAACAGCCUAAUAACAGAUACUCUUACUAAAAUAAACGAGCUAUUUUCACUAAAUAUUCAAACAAACGAUAUUAACAACAUCUACAAAGUUGGACGGCGGGAAUCAGCUCCUAUACUUAUUGAGUUCUUAUCAUAUCUGAAAAAGUCGGAGCUUUUCAAAAACCCAGAAAAGCUCAGGAAUUUAAAAGAUACUGACUACGCUAUAGCAAAUGAUUUGUGCGAGGAAGAUAGGAGAGAUCUAAAAAUACUGAAAAAGCAUCAAAGGGAAGCGAGGGAAGAGGGAAAGGAAGCAAGAAUAAAAGGUUUCAAGCUCGAAAUAAAUAAUACACUAUACACGGCCAAGGAAUUGGAGACUCUUUCAGAGAUCCACACAGACAGUAGUGGUUCUGAGGAUACCGGAGAGGAAACAGAUCAAGAAACCAACAGAAACGGAGCAGUAUUAUCAGAAAAGCUGUCUAUUGACAACAAGAAGAGGAAGAAGAGGAAGGAGAACACCCCAUCUCCUGAAGGAAUUAAAACAAGAGCACAUAAGAAGAAGAAAAAGCACUAUUAA